UAACGUUAGAUAGCAGGUUGUUCGCUGUGUCGAUUUAACGUUGACAUCGUUGACCUUUUUACUGCAGAGCAGAGGUCAAGUGGCGGUAAAGCUGUUUCUCGGCAGGAGAAAUGGCACCGAAGCAUGACACUCAGCUGGAGAAAGUCCUUGAUGAAGUGCUAAAGAGUAGGAACUUCAAAGCACUGGAUGGGUUCUGGCAAAGGAACAUAAUUAAAGAGGAGCCCAUAAGAUGUUCCGGGCAGUUUCUCUCCAAAUUGGAUACGCUUGUUUGCAGGAGUUUGGAUCAAAAGGAUUCCAAGUCAGCCAGUUUGGGCCUUACUAUCCUUUACAAAUGUGGGAAACACAUGAAACUACCUGGUGGUUGUCAUGGGCUAUCAGGAUUAAUAGGUCAAGGCCUGCUGGAAAAGAUGGUACAGUGGUUUGAGAAAUGCAGGCAACUGUGGAUCCAGUGUGGCCCACAGUGGGAUGAGACAUUGUACAAUCUGUCUGAGGAUUUCUUUGACGCCUUAAUGGUCGUUCAUGAAGCAUGUAAAGAGGGAACAACCAAAAUAAUAGAGUCCUUCCUGUAUCCUGUUGGCAAACUGGCAGUGGACCCCAGAGUCCACAUUCUGAUCCAGAAAGAGGCAAUUCGUAAAUUUAACUUAAUUCUGGACAAAAUACCGGGAGAACUUAAGAAAGAAAGGAAGAUCCUUGCAUCACAGGAGGCCUCAGAUAUCAUGAUGAAAUUGGCUAGUCAGAUAUUGAAGGGUGGUGAUUACGACUUGCAGACAGCCCUGAUGGAGGCCUUGUGCAGAAUGGCCACUGCAGACCAGAGGAAGGAGCUGGCAAAUCGAUGGUUCAGCAUGGAGUAUGUGGCCAGUGCCCUAGUCAAAAUCCGUGAUUCUGAAUUUGAAACGGAUUGUCGCAAGUUUCUGAAUUUGGUCAAUGGUAUGCAGGGAGACAAGAGAAGAGUGUACUCCUAUCCUUGUUUGGAGGUUUUUCUGGACAAGCAUAAGCUGCUGAUGCCUGCUGAUGAGAAGCUUGAAGAAUUUUGGAUUGACUUCAACCUUGAAAGCCACAGCAUCUCCUUUUACUUCUCUUUCUCUGAUAGAGAAGCACAUGAGGGCCAGUGGGAAACUAUAUGUAUCAAUGAGCAUGAAGUCCAAAGCUACACAGUGAUAGAGGAGGGCAAGAGGAAGGUUUUGCAGUUACUGUUGUCAGAGAUGAUGGUUGUGGGUGAGAUUGAAGGAUUGAGUCUUACCAUCCAUUUCAGCUCCUCGCUGGACAUCCUGCAGGCUGCCUGUACAGUCUAUGGACACCGCAAAAAUAAAAACUUUGUGGGAAAGACGGGCACAUCGAUAGUAAAGACUGCAGUAAGAAUUACAAUGAAAGACGAUAUCUCCCAGGUCGUUCCAGAGAGUCAGAUGUCCCUUGGUGAAAGUGAGAAAGAUACUGCCCCCUACCUUUUACCUGCCCAGUCUGCUACUGCUCAGAUGGUGAACCCCUGCAAGAGAAGACUUUCAGAGUCUACCACCUUCAUCAGAAGCAGUGCGGGAGAAAGAGUGCAUGGUGCACGUUCCUUCUCUGCUGUUGCGCCCUCAAAGACUCCUGCCAUAAGUAAAGGGAAGCCAUCUCUGGAGAUGGUUCGUUCAUGGGAUCGGCAAGAUGAAUUUGACCUGAGAGACCAAAGGACAACGGCUAAGACCUGCAGCAAUAGCCCAUCUAACAACACAAUAGCAGCUGCCAUGUCAGAGAAAAGUGCUUCUUCUCUACAGAGCAUGGCUUCCAAACAGUCCAGUAAAGAUAAGGUUGGCAAACACAAAAAGAACAAACCAUUGGCAGAGGCGGCAGAUAUGGUUCUCUCUGGAUGUGGAGAAGAGAAGUCUCUGGACUCUAGCAUUGUCCCCGACACACAACCCAGACUUGAAAUAAGCAUAAAUAUGAGCAAAUUAUCAGUUACUGAAAUGCUCACACAGAAAAUCCAUUCUCUGCCAAGACCUGCGCAUCAUUCAAGUUUGGCACAACAGCAGGAGGCCCCGCCAUCAGCACAGCUAGGGUCACCUUCAGGCUCAGGCCCAACCAUCCAAAAGCAACUCCAUACCGAACUCACCCAGCGCCUGCAGAAGGUCAUCAGUGAAAGGAACCGCCAUCCGGCAUCACAGGAGCAGUUUGCACCCCGGAGCAAAAAAUCAUCGGUGGAUAUCAGAGGGGACUCUGAAAGCAGAAGCUCUGCAGCUCAGGUUCAGUGUGCUACCGGACUUUGUACCAACGAGCAGCAGACCCAGAAACGUGGCGCUGUCAAAGAAAAGAGCAAACGCCUGACGUCACCGGAGGCAGAUGCUGCUGUGAUGAAAUAUCCAGCCAAGACCUCAACGUCUAAAGCUCAGAAGAAGAAAGUACCAUCCAUUGUUACGGUUGGGGCUGACGGUGUCCUAUCAAACAGAGAGAAGAGAGAGGCAAAGGUUGCAGGCGGCCUGGUGAAGCUCAUCUCUAGUCAUUAUGAGGUCAGCACCCAAUCCACAGCUAAAAACACUGCAGGAAAGAUCCCUAAGAGCUGGAUUCCUUCUCUUGUCAACAGGCCUAUCUUCAACACGAGCUGGUUGUCAACUGUUAAAAGAGAAGGGUCAAGAGCUGUAAGCCUAAUGAAAUCAUACAGCAAAACCACAACUAACUACACCCAACAGAGAAAAGAUAUCUUUACAUUCAACAUUGAUGCACCAUCGAGUGUCAUGGGAGAGAACAAAACAUUCUCUAACACGUCUGCAACCUCCAGCAGUGGCAUCCAUGACCCACCAGCACUCCCAAGCGCAUCCAAGAAAGCACAACCUGUGGCAAAAGAGAAGCGGUAUGUGGAAAAGCAUCUGUUCAGUGACACGGACUAUAGCACCACAGAUGUCAGCUGGCUGAGGGAAUCGUGCCGGAAACCCAAACCUAAAGUUACCAAAUACUCCAGACAGGCGCCUAACAAGCCUAGACCACAGUCGCCUCAUACUUCGUAUGAAUCCCCAGAUCUACCCCCAGUCUCUCGAAAACCUGUAAAGGGCAGCACCAAACUCAGCAAGAAGAGGCCAGAGGAGAAGGUGAAAGCGGAGCAGCCAAAGCAGGCGGUGAAGGCAGCACCAGAUCGACCGCUUGCAGCAGGCAGAAGGCCCCAGAGAGCUGCAGCCAUCGCUACCAAGAACUACAUGGAGCCAGACACUGAUGACAGCCUCUCAGAGUUCGAGCAUCCUGCUGUUUCCAAGCACACCUCUGCUCAUGACUUGAAGAAUGCUGAGAGAACACACAAGGCUGCUCCAGUGACAAAGAAACAGGCUGCCAGCAAACAACAGACCGAAAGCUGCAUGAUACCUGAGAGCAACCGUCGUAGCAACCAGUCAACCUUUGGGCAGCCGCCCACUUCCAAGAAGCAGAUGCAUGAAAAUGUCCUUUCAGAAACUUCCAAGUUAAAGAAGAAAAAGGUUGUCCCUGCCCAAGGACAAAUGAAGGAUUCCUUGGCCGCCCGUCAGACCUUCUUCAGUCCUUCCCCUCCUUUGGUAGAGAGGAUGAGAUCUGCUGAGAGGUCAGCCCCAACCUUGGGUUUGACCUCCUCCCCUCUCCUCACCCCGCGGGGAUCCCCACUCCCUGCCUCCCCUGACCCACUCUACGAGGACACCCCCUCACCUAUCCUGCUGCUACCCAGACCUCGCUCUACAGUCAGCGGGAAAGGAAACACCAGGCCCUGCUCUGUCCACGGUGCCGGUGGGGGAAAGCUCAGCUCAUCCAGGGCUCGAUCCAACCAGUUUGAACCCUCUCUCCCCUCACUGACCCCGAUCAGUCCGACCUCUGCACCUGCUACUCCCACUGGACCCAGUGCAGCAGAGAUAAAUCCGAUCAAGCGGCGUCUAUCCUCGUCACCUUGCUCUCCUGUUUCUCUGUGCACUCGGCCCCUGUUGACAUCCUCGCUUCUUGAGCUGGACAAGCCGUCCAUGCCCUCUCCUCCUCCGUCUCCUGAAGAGUCCGUCAACCAUGGGAGCCUUUACGGCUUCAGUAAAGUGUCUUCAGUAUCUUGGGUUUCAUCCUCUCAGUCUUCAGUACAUAUUAGUAGGGUUAAGACCAGUCCCACUACCAGCCUCUCUGGGUCUUGUAAAAAGGAGAAAACACCGUCUUCAGACUGGGGCCGGAAGUCUAAGCCGCUCUGCUCAGGACCCAGUCGCAAGCGCCACGCCUCGUCGUCCAGUAAUUCCAACGAAGAUGAAAAGGAAAGGAUGAAGAAAAGCAGGAUGAAACCAAGGAAGUUGUUCAAGUCCUGCGAGGUGAGCCGUGUGACGUCUUCUUCCCGAACCAUGAGCUCCGGUCACUGGGAAGCCGAAGUGGGCGAGGGAGAAAUGGACAUUGAUGAGGAUUUUGAGAUGCCUGAAAUGUAUUUGAACCCGAGUAACCUGUGCAAGCAGUUCAGCAAUGAGCUGAAGAAAAAAUUCCAGAGCCGUAAUAAUAUGGUGGAAGUUUACAACAAGCAGUCCUUGAAGACCAUCCAACAACAUGUCUCCUCCCUCAACAUGCAAGUUACCAAAUACAGGACUCAAAGGCUGGAAAAGGUUCAGAAGGUCCUCUUAGAAGAAAUCCACAAACUGGAGCAGGAUGACGCUGUGCUCAAAAGCAUGGAGAAAGACAUGAUUAUGUACUGGAAAAAGCAGUCCAUGGCUUUCCAUUCCUACCAGGAGCAGGGAACCAAGAGAUACGAGGCCUUGAAGAACACCCUCCAGAGCAACGUGUGUCACAGUGUGGAGUACGAGGAGAACAUUUUCACAUCCCAGAUGUGCAUGAUACGAAACGACAUGAAGUCAGUCCAGGACCGACUCCUCAGCGAGAUGCAAGAAGGGGAGCUCCAGAGUGUGAAGAGAAGCCUGCAUGCUUUGUUUUUCCCCUGAUGGAGACUUUUGAGCUGAGCAAAGUCCCGCCCAAGGAUCGCUACAAUACAAACAAGGUUGUGUGUUUCUCCACAUGAUGUAUACGUUAGUGUGUACUUCCACUGUGCUGGUUUCAUUUCAGAGGGUUUGCACUACUGAUUGCUUCAAUUGUACUUGGAAGUGUUUGGUUUAUUCUGAAGUGGAUGUGUUGUUGCCUUAUGUUUGAUAUUAUUAGAAAUGUCAUGUUUUCUUAUAUUAAUUAUUUGAUGACAUUUUUUUAGUGUUCAUUGAAAGUAAGCACAGGUAAUAGGCUGUUUGGCUCUGUGACAUUUU